CGCGACCAGGAAGUCAGAGGGGCAGGGGCCGCCCCGCUUUGCGAAGGGCCGCGCGCUCCUCCUCCUGCUCCCGCGUGCCGCCCACCCUGUCUCACGUGGGGCGCAGCCCCGCCCCACCUGUGCAGGCGGCCACGCGGCUGCCACCUCCCGCGCGCGGACAUGGCCCUCGACCCUACAGAAUUCCUGAUCAUUUGGAGGAUACUUACCCCUUUGGAUUUCCGGGUUCUCUAGGAAUUUGAGGAGCAGGUGGGAGUUUGGAGCAGGUGCUCCGGCUGCUGUGUUAGUCUAACUGAGAGCAGCAUCUCAGACAUGUCGAAAAAGAUGUUUUGAUCCCCAAAAUAAUGAGAGAAAAGGCCCGAGAGAGAUGUUCUGAACAAGUUGAAGAUUUCACUAAAUGUUGCAAGGACUCUGGAAUCCUUAUGGUAGUAAAAUGCCGCAAAGAAAAUUCUGCAUUGAAAGAAUGUCUAACUGCUUACUAUAAUGAUCCAACCUUUUAUGAAGAAUGCAAAAUGGAAUACCUGAAGGAAAGGGAAGAAUUCAGAAAAACUGGAAUUCCUACCAAGAAAAGGCUGCAGAAGCUUCCCACAAGCAUGUAGGCAAAUAUUCAAAUGAUACUCAGUAACGCCAAUGUUCAUGGAAAUCACAGUCACCUGAAAUGAUGGACUCAAAGAAGUGUUUGCUUUAUCCUUAAUUAUGGAAAUAAUUUUAUCUGAAAUAAAGAUUUUUUUUUAAACUUCAAA